AUGAACAUCAAAGUGGAAGACAUGGAAAUCAAGCUCAAUAAACUCUCAGGACUGGAGAAUAAGGUGACACACUUGGAAUCCACACUGAAUGGGCUGAAGUCCCAAGUGGACAACUCCAAAGACGCCAUCACACUAGCGUCGGCCAACUACAAAGGUAGCCACUACUUUGUCACCGAACAACGAUAUGGAAACGCCCAGGAAGCUAAUCGCCUCUGUCAAUUGUAUGGAGGAUACCUUGUGGAGAUCAACGACCGACAAGAGUUCGACUUUGUGACUGAUUUUCUCUUCAACCAAUCGGUUUCUCACCCGGAAAUAAUAGGCGCUUGGGUCGGGGCCACAGACGAAGGUCAUGAGGGGUCAUGGAGGUUCAUGACCUCUGGUGGUAAUAUGUCUACCUUAGUGUGGCAGCAUCUUGAACCUAGCGGAGGUGCGGGAGAAAACUGUAUGAAUAUAGAAAUACCUUUCAAAGUUAUGAAUGAUUACCCUUGCUUCAGGGGCGACGGGAUGCAUCUACAGGCUAUUCUGUGCGAAAUCCCUCACCGAAAUGUCUAG